AUGACUUUCAUAGCUAAGACAUUUUAUGACCUGCGUGCUACGACGCUGGAAGGGGAUUCAAUAGAUUUUAAUGUCUUCCGAGGACGAGUGGUGCUUAUUGAGAAUGUGGCUUCACUCUGAGGGACCACCACCCGGGACUACCACCAACUCAGUGAGCUCCAGAACAGGUACCCUCACCGAUUGGUGGUCCUGGGCUUCCCCUGUAACCAGUUUGGCUAUCAGGAAAACUGUACAAAUGGAGAAAUCUUAAACUGCUUGAAGCACGUACGACCUGGGGGAGGGUAUGACCCUGGCUUCACCAUUUUUGAGAAGUGUGACGUGAACGGGGCUAACACACAUCCUGUCUUUUCAUAUUUAAAAGACAAACUCCCAUACCCUGAAGAUGACCCAGUUUCCCUCAUACAGGACCCCAAAUUCUUAGUAUGGAGUCCCAUCAGCAGGAAUGAUAUCUCAUGGAAUUUUGAGAAAUUCCUCAUUGCUCCUGAAGGCGAGCCAGUGAAGAGAUAUAGCAGAAAGUUUGAAACCAUUGCCAUUGAGCCUGACAUCCAGAGGUUAUUGAGACUGACCAAGAACUAA